UCACACUUCUUCCUCAAUACCAUAAAGAUCAAAGAUGGGUCGCCGUCCUGCUCGCUGCUACAGAUACUGUAAGAACAAGCCUUACCCCAAGAGCAGAUACUGCCGUGGUGUCCCCGAUGCCAAGCUCAGAAUCUACGACUUGGGUCGCAAGAAGGCACACGUCGACGACUUCCCCCUCUGCAUCCACUUGGUUUCCAACGAGUACGAGCAGUUGUCUGCUGAGGCUCUUGAAGCUGGUCGUAUUUGCUGCAACAAGUACAUGGCCAAGACUUCCGGCAAGGAUUCCUUCCACAUGCGUAUCCGUGUCCACCCUUACCAUGUCACCCGUAUCAACAAGAUGUUGUCCUGUGCCGGUGCCGAUAGAUUGCAAACCGGUAUGCGUGGUGCUUUCGGUAAGCCCAACGGUCUCGUUGCCCGUGUCAACAUUGGCCAGAUCAUCUUCUCUGUCCGCUCCAAGGACAGCAUGAAGCCCGUUGUUAUCGAGGCCUUGAGACGUUGCAAGUACAAGUUCCCCGGUCAGCAGAAGAUUAUCAUCUCCAAGAAGUGGGGUUUCACUCCUCUUUCCCGCGCCGACUACGUCGAGGCUCGUGCUGCCGGCAAGUUCAGACCCGAUGGCUGUUACGUCAAGUUCUUGCCCAACAAGGGUACCCUUGAGAACUACUUCCGUGAGGUCAGCAGAUCUUAAAUAAUGAAUAAUAAUAAAAAAAGGAUGAAAAGGUAAUAGUAAUAAUAACGAAUCGUUAUUAUUAUUAUUGUCUUGCUAUUAUUAUUAUUAUUAUUAUUAUUGCUGUUAUUUUAUAUUAUCUGUAUUUCUAUUAUCCCCCAUAUAUGAAAAUAUAAAUAUAAAUAUAUAUAUAUAUGUAUGUGUAUGCGUGUGUGUGUGCAUGUGUGUAUGUAUGUAUGUAUGUAUGUAUGUAUGUAUGUGUGUGUGUAUGUGCGUAUGUGCUUGUAUAAAUACAUUGUUCUUUUUGUUAGU